CUAAAAGAGUGCAUUGUGUUUGGGAAAGUAAAAAAUAAAAAGUCAUUGUAAUAAGAAGCUCCCCAACUUCUCAGAAUUCAUACUCUCCAAUCUCCAAAAAUUCCAUGUCAGCAAUUUACUUAUGUUGACCAAAAUCUUGGCCUGGAUGUGAAGUUUGAAUCUUUUAAGUGAUUCUGUGAAGAUCUUCUGCUUCUACUGUAAAGUAUUCUGUUACUGAAACGUUUAUGUUUUUUGUUUUGUAAGAAUAUGUUGGUGUUGUAGUUUUAUUAAAAGUAAAUGUUGUGUUGAUUGGUUGGUGUUGUAAAGAGGAGAAGAAGAAGUAGAUUAUGUAUAGAAAUUUGUGUUAGGGGAGUUGGUGUUUGGGAAAGAUUGUUUUUUUUGUUGUCUGGAAGUGUAUUGAUGGAAGACUCUACUCCUGUUUCUGGGUCAUUUGAUAAGUCUAGGGUAAUGAAUGUGAGGCCCUUGCGGUGUCUUGUUCCUAUAUUCGGAUCAGCAUCAGCACCUAAUUUUCCUUCGUUUCCAAAUCCCCAAGGUGGUGCGCCCUUUGUUUGUGUUUCACCAUCUGGUCCUUUCCCACCUGGGGCUGCCUCAUUUUACCCCUUUUUUGCUACACCAGAGCCUCAAAGGCCGCCUGUACCAAAUCGAAAUGCACCAAUAUCAAAUGCGGUACCAAUCACUUCAUUUAGGACACCGCAGACUCAGUAUGCAGGAGACGAGAAUGGUGAGACAGGCUCUUCAAGAAGGGUUACUAGAAGUCGUGCUCUGUCACGACACCAAAGUGGGGAUGUGCAGGACGAUGGGCAGUAUUCGAGUAGUUUUAGCAUGCACGAUUCAGAUGAUACCGGAAAGGCAGGGAGGUCAAAGAGUAGUAGUAGGUCACAGAGGAGGACUAGGGCUCGCCAGGACAUCAAUAUUGCCUCAACUGAAAUUGACAUAGAUUCAGUAAUUGAAAAUCUUCUUGCAUCUUCUAAUAUUGCAGCAUUUGACAUGAUCCGGCGAGCUGAAGCUGACAAGGAGUCGGUUGGAUGCUUACUCAUGAUAUAUGAUUUUAUCCGAAGAAAGAUUAACCAAAUUGAAGAGUCGAAGGAUGCAGUUCCAGGAGUAACAAGACGACCUGAUUUAAGAGCGGGUGCAAUUUUGAUGAAUAAAGGGAUUCGGACAAAUAUCAAGAAGAGAGUUGGAGCUGUGCCUGGUGUUGAAGUUGGGGAUUGUUUCUUUUUCAGGAUGGAGUUGUGCUUGAUUGGAUUGCACGCACCAUGUAUGGCUGGCAUUGAUUACAUGGGUCUGAAGGUCAGUCAAAGUGAAGAGCCCUUAGCAGUCAGCAUUGUUUCAUCUGGAGGAUAUGAGGAUGAUAAUAUGGAGGAUGGGGGUGUGUUAAUUUAUAGUGGCCAAGGUGGGAAUCACUUCCGGAAAGAUAAAGAAGUAAUGGAUCAGAAGCUUGAAAGAGGUAACCUUGCUUUGGAGAAAAGCUUGCACCGGGGUAAUGAGAUUAGAGUGAUUCGGGGCUUUAAGGAUUUUGCAAAUCCAACCGGGAAGGUAUAUGUCUAUGAUGGUCUUUACAAAAUCCAGGAGUCAUGGGUAGAUAAAGGAAAGUCAGGUCGCAAUGUAUUUAAGUAUAAACUUGUCAGGUUACCUGGCCAGCCUGAAGCGUUCUUGACCUGGAAAUUAAUUCAGCAAUGGAAGGAUGGAGUUAAUUCUAGGGUCGGGGUUAUAUUGCCUGAUCUUACUUCUGGGGCUGAAAGUGCACCUGUUUCUCUAGUAAAUGAUGUUGAUGAUGAGAAGGGCCCUGCAUAUUUCACCUAUUUUCCUGGUCUCAAGAAUGAAAAACCAGUUGAUCCAAUAGAACCUUGUACUGGCUGUAAUUGUGUUGGUGGAUGUCUCCCUGGUAGCAACUGCUCUUGCAUUAAGAAAAAUGAAGGUUACCUCCCUUAUAAUGCAAAUUCAGUUCUUGUGAACCAAAAGUCAUUGCUAUAUGAGUGUGGUCCUUCUUGUCAGUGUCCUUCUAAUUGCCGGAACCGAAUAUCACAAAGUGGUCUGAGAGUUCGUUUGGAAGUGUUUAAAACUAAGGAUAGAGGCUGGGGUCUAAGGUCCUGGGAUCCCCUUCGUGCUGGAGCUUUUAUAUGUGAAUAUGCAGGGGAAGUUAUUGCCAGCGAUAAGCUGGAGGAGCUUGGAAGUGAAAAUGAAGAUGAUUACAUUUUCGAUGCAACCCGCACUUAUCCACUUUUUGAACUGCCAGGUGAUUCUAAUGAGGCCCCAAAGAUCCCACAUCCCCUAAUCAUAAGUGCAAAAAAUGCUGGGAAUGUAGGUCGUUUUAUGAAUCACAGCUGCUCUCCAAAUGUAUCCUGGCAGCCAAUUUUACGUGAAAAUAAAAAUGAAUCUGAUCUCCAUGUUACAUUUCAUGCGGUUAGACACAUUCCUCCAAUGACAGAGUUGACAUAUGAUUAUGGGGCAGUACCGCCUGAAAAAGCAGACCAGAGGAAGAAAAAAUGCCUUUGUGGGUCGGUAAAGUGCAAAGGUUAUUUUUAUUAAUGGUUUAUCAAUGGGCAUCUGGCAAAGAGGAUGGUCCUUGCUAACUUAAUCUUCUUAAAAAGUUGACCUGUGGUUGAUAGCGGGAAUGAGAUUCAAGGUGACUCAGGAAUGCUGGACGCAUUAUUUUGAGAUGUACCUUUGUCUGGCAUGCAAGAAUGCCAAAAUUUUCCCAACUAUGUUGUAGUGAAUGAGGACACCAAAGAUCUCUUCUCAGAAUAUGUAUGUACUACUAUUUGCAAGUUGUAAACUUUACAAGCAGAGCUGUGGUGUUAUUUAGUUUAGCGGCCUCCAUCUCUGCCCUUUUCUUUUCUAGUCAAACUAGUUUUUCCAUAAGAUUUCCUCAUAAUCAAGGUGUACACUUGUAUGUGGUUGAGACUUGAGGAUUGUCUCAUGCACCCAUUCUCAACAAGCAUUCCAAUUUUAUUA